CUAUCGAUUCCGCCGACGUUCGAAAAUUUGACAACGAAUGGAGGGAGACACGUUAGCCUCCCACUCGGUCCUAGCAGCUCGAGGGAUCCUCGAGCUCGCGAGCGCGGCUCUCCUCUUCGUUUUCUUCUGCAGGAUGGAAUCCGGAGACGCGGGCGACACAUCGGACUGAUAUCUGCGGUACACCGAGGGAGCCGAAAAAUGGCGAACACCGCCCAUUUGGUUCGUCGACAGAGCUCCAGAGACUUGAAACCCCAGAAAAGCGUGGACAGAUUGGAAAUGAAGGAAAUGCGGGGUCGACUGGUGGUGGAGAAUCGAAAAAAUGCCGGAAACGUCAGCUACGGAGCCACUAACGCGGCCUUCGACGACUCAAGCCCUAACGCCAAAACGAAAUCGGGAAACGAAGGCGGGGGUAGCAAACUGGGCAGCAAACUGGGCAGCAACGAAGGAAAAGCGAUCUUCCGACCCGAAGCGGGAGAAGACGAGCGGGAAAAUUGGGACAGCAAACUGACGUUCCUCUUGGCCACGGUGGGGUACGCGGUUGGCUUGGGCAACGUCUGGAGGUUCCCGUACUUGGCGCAGAAGAAUGGCGGGGGAGCAUUUCUGAUACCGUAUUUUGUGAUGUUGGCGAUCGAGGGAAUUCCUAUAUUUUAUUUAGAGCUGGCAAUUGGCCAACGGCUGCGGAAAGGAGCAAUCGGCGUCUGGAAUCAGGUUUCUCCGUAUUUGGCAGGCAUCGGAGUGAGCAGUGCCGUCGUGUCUUUCAACGUGGCGCUCUAUUAUAAUACGAUCAUAGCCUGGUGUCUAUUUUAUUUCGUUCAAAGUUUCCAAUCGCAGUUGCCCUGGGCAGAAUGUCCCAACAAGUACUUCCAAAACGGAUCUUACACUCCGGAACCAGAAUGUCUGGAAAGUAGUCCUACGCAAUACUUUUGGUACAGAACUACUUUGAUGAUCUCGAAGGAUAUCGAUACACCGGAAGUGUUCAAUUGGAAGAUCGCACUGUCCCUCGUAAUCGCCUGGAUCCUUGUUUACAUGUGCAUGAUAAAAGGAAUCGCUUCCUCGGGCAAGGUCGUAUACGUGACAGCGACAUUUCCGUACAUCGUGUUAAUAAUAUUUUUUUUUCGCGGUGUUACUCUACCUGGCAUGUCCGACGGACUCAGGCAUCUUUUUACGCCGAAGUGGUGGACCCUGACGGAUCCGGUGGUCUGGUUGGAGGCUGGCACGCAAAUUUUCUUUUCUCUAGGAUUGGCGUUUGGUGGCUUGAUAGCAUUUUCGUCUUACAAUCCCGUCAACAACAAUUGCUACCGCGAUGCGAUAAUGGUUAGCUUGACAAAUUGCUUCACCUCCAUGUUUGCAGGCAUUGUCGUAUUUUCAAUAAUAGGAUUCAAGGCCACGAUGGUGUACGAGCAAUGUCUUGCCGAGAGAAAUGCCACUCUCGUAAGCAUCUUUGGACAUACCAUGGAUCCUGAGAAAAUUCCAGUGACUGGAGCUCUGUUAAACAUUACUACGGGGAAUGGAUCGUUGGACAAUUUGAUCAUGCCAGAACUGCCACAGUGCGACCUAGAAAAAGAGUUGGAUAAUUCGGCCUCAGGAACGGGACUGGCGUUCAUCAUCUUCACGGAGGCGAUCAAUCAAUUUCCCGGGGCCCAGUUUUGGUCGGUCUUGUUCUUCCUCAUGCUCUUCACCCUAGGAAUUGAUUCUCAAUUCGGUACCUUGGAGGGAGUCGUUACCAGCAUCGUCGACAUGAAGCUUUUCCCUAAUCUUCGGAAAGAAGUACUAACCGGGGUCAUUUGUUUGGCGUGCUGUGUAAUAUCGAUGGCAUUUGCUCACGGAGCAGGAAGUUAUGUAUUUCUCCUAUUCGACAAUUUUAGUGGGAAUUUUCCAUUGCUGAUAAUCGCUUUCUUCGAGUGCAUUGGCGUAUCGUACGUUUACGGACUGAAGAGGUUUGCGGAUGAUAUCGAACUCAUGACAGGGAAUCGCCCCGGUCUCUACUGGCUGAUAUGUUGGAAAUAUUUAAGCCCUUUAGCGAUGUUGAGCAUCCUCGUGGCGUCCUUCAUCGAAAUUCUAGUCGAAGGGAGUGGAUAUCCGGCUUGGGUAGCCAGCAAGGGAAUCACGGAAAAACAUGAUUGGCCAGUUUGGGCUCUCGCCCUAAUAGCGAUCCUAAUUUUGGCAUCGGUUCUUUGGAUCCCGACAGUUGCCAUAUGCAGGUGCUUCGGGAUCCUGGUAAUCGACGAUAACGAGAAGGCCUGGUUUCCAGCAUCCGACCUAAAGGAAUUUCAUGGAAUCGUCCCGCACGAGGUGACCGCUGCCGAGACUCUUCUCUUUUGCAUCAGAAGCGAUGGCUCCGAAGGACUCUGCUGUCCUACCGGCGGUCCUGCGGACGACGACGACGACGACGACGAGGACCUUACCUAGGACGAGUCCGAUAUCUGGUUGUUCGGGCCAGAUUAAAUCCGUGUCGCGGGUACGAUCGUUCCUGUUUCGACGGUCUGCGAUAUACGUAGGCUGCGCGCACGCGGAAAAUGGAAAGAUUUCUAAUUAGUCGUACCAUAUAUCCUUCGAUUUGACGUGUCAAUUAUUACGGACUUCCGCGAAGCUUGCGGGACGUGCGAGCAGUGGCCGGAGGCGACGGAAAGAGCUCGGCUGCCAACGUCAGGCCACGCCAAGAAGGGAGGGGAAGGGAAGGGAAGAAGAAGAAGAACGUAAAACGGAACGAGGAACAAAUCGAUUGGCGCAACUGGUAGCAUUGUCACGUUGAAAGUAUACUAAUAGCGGUACGCGCUUAGGCGAAGAGCAUUUUCCUAGGUUAGUCGGUAUAUACGUUAUCUUCCGGAAGACUCCUCCGUCGGAUGAGAGCGAUUCGCUAAUGUGAAGACGCCUUGCUCGUUUUCGCAGCGGUUGAGUUGCAUCGGCAGAAUCCCGUUGACCGUGGCCCCUCGAAACUAAUCGUUUCGACCGAGGAGUAUUUCAUUUUUACGAUCAAUCGUUGUUCUUGGUUACUUGGAGAAGUUAGUUUCGUUGGCGUGCACGCCGACAUAUUGAAUUUGAUACGGUCGUUUUCGGGCUGGCAUUUCUCCGAGCGCAAAAGCAACGAAUCGCGAGGAAUCGCCGACCUUGGAGGCGUGCGGAACGAAUCCUUAAAUCUUGGGGAUGUACCUUACGCGCAAAAUGUUUCUCGGUCCCCGACGGGCUAUAACGGGCUAUAACGGGCUAUAACGGGCCCGUUAAAAUAAGACAAUAACGUUAACGAGCGGAACUGUGACAAUACGUUUCUCAACGCGAACUGCACUCCCUGCGCGACUACAAAGAUUGACGAUAGGAUCGCUGAUUUUGAUGCUCGAUCGUGCAUUCGGUUUCCUUCUUAUUCGACAAUUGGCAAUAAAUAUUGACUCGGAUCUUGAAAUAUAUAUUCGGACAAGAAUAUAUGAUGCGAGAACGAAAGGAUACGAACCCGUUCGAGACGCUCGAAAAGCACAGGGAGUCGCAACCUAUAUCAAGCGAGGAGACAAUAACAUAUCGCGGGGAUGAAAUGUGCUUAACGAUGGUACAUCUCGUCGGCCGUCGGAAACUUGACAAUAAAUGUAAACAAAGUCGCAUAUCCGUAUUACUCGCGUGUAUAUCGUACUUUACCGAGUAGAUUUUUCGUAUCAGCGAUGCGAGACGCAAAGAGGAUCCUAUACGGUUUUCCGAUGAUGCGUAAAAGAUGUCCGGUUCGCGACCUCUCUCUUUGCCAUUGUAAACCGUUGAGGUAGGAUACAGCGUUAGCGUUAGAACGGGUUGGAACCGUUGGAACCGCUGGAGCGGAGAUUUUCGGUGAAUAAAUUGACGCAAAAGUUGUUACGACAUCGUAUCGACGUAGCUUCGCCGCAACAAUUCGAUCACAGAUGAGGCAAGGAUAACGCACGCGUACAGGCAGCGUAAACGAAAUUAUGCGGACACGUUCUCGCAAAGCUGUACGUAUAUUGUUGUAAGUUGAACGUUACAAUAAAUACGAUACGUGGA